AUGGAGAGCAGGCAGCACCGAUCAGUAGACGACACCUACAGAAGAAAGCUACAGAGGAUGAGAGUGAAGAGCAAUGCGUUGAAAUGUUUGGUGAACAGGGUAAGUAGAUCCAAAUUCCAAUCACUAAAACUGCUUCUAAUCGUCAUCCUAGUCGCCACCUUUGUCACCAUCCGCUCUUUCCCGUCCGCGUGCCCUCAAAGCAGCGAAGUUUCUCGGCGGGUUUUCGUGAGCAGGUGGUUAUGGGGAGGACCGGAUCCCCGCUACGUUUCGGAUCUCGUCAUAAAAUGGGACGAAAUCACGAGCGCCCUCAACAAGCUGCCCGACAAAAUCGAAUCCAUCGGCCUCGUUAACUUCAACGAGCGUGAAGUCGAGCAGUGGAAGCAGCUGAAGGUGGCGAAUGACUCGAAAACAGUCACCAUACAUCUGGAUUCCGCCCAAAGCAACCUCACGUGGGAGUCGCUGUACCCUGAGUGGAUAGACGAGGAGCAGGAAGAGGUGGUCCCCACCUGCCCUUCACUCCCACAGAUUGAGAUCCCAAGGCAGCAGUUUGACCUCCUUGCCGUCAAGCUUCCUUGCCGUGGCGGGGAGUGGUCGAGGGACGUCGCCCGCCUCCACCUGCAGAUAUCGGCAGCCCGUCUGGCGGCAGCCACCAGUCGCCAAUUGCAUCUGCUUUUCCUCACCAAGUGCUUCCCGCUGCCCAACUUGUUCCCGUGCAGGGAUUUGGUUGUGCGCCAAGGUGACGUGUGGCUCUACAGACCGCGCUUGGAUGAGUUGAGAGAGAAGCUCCGGCUCCCUGUAGGAUCCUGCGAGCUUGCUCUCCCCCUUGGAUCUGUAGAAGAUAGAAAUUACGAGUUGGGAAGAAAAAGGGUGCGGCGGGAGGCGUAUGCCACGAUCCUUCACUCGGCCCACGACUACGUGAGCGGGCUCGAGCUGGCCGGCUGGAACGUCCGCACCAUAGCCCGCAUCCGAAACCCCAAGGCCGAGAAGGACGCGUACAACGAGUGGAACUACAGCAAAUUCCGGCUCUGGCAGCUGACCGACUACGACCGGAUCAUCUUCAUCGACGCCGACCUCCUCAUCCUCCGCAACAUCGACUUCCUGUUCGGGAUGCCCCAGAUAUCUGCCACUGGCAACAACGGCACCCUCUUCAAUUCCGGUGUCAUGGUAAUCGAGCCCUCCAACUGCACCUUUCAGCUCCUGAUGGACCACAUAAACGAGAUCGAGUCGUACAACGGCGGGGACCAGGGCUACCUGAAUGAGAUAUUCACGUGGUGGCACCGCCUGCCCAAGCACGUGAACUUCCUCAAGAACUUCUGGGUUGGGGAUGAUGACAUCGUACGCCGCAAAAAGGUUGCUCUAUUUCGGGCCGACCCACCGCUUCUAUAUGUCCUCCACUACCUGGGGAACAAGCCGUGGAUGUGCUUCAGGGACUACGACUGCAACUGGAAUGUGGACAUACUGCGGGAGUUUGCAAGCGACGAGGCCCACGCCAAGUGGUGGAGGGUGCACGAUGCCAUGCCCGACAGGCUCAAGGAGUUUUGUCUACUGCCGUCCAAGCAGAAGGCCCAGCUGGAGUGGGACAGGAGACAGGCAGAGAAAGGGAACUACUCGGACGGGCACUGGAGGAUUAAGGUGAGAGACGAGCGGGUCAACAAGUGCAUUGACCAGUACUGCAACUGGCGGAGCAUGUUGAGGCAUUGGGGGGAGACGAACUGGACAGAUAGCGAGUUACCAGCUCCUACUCCGCCGGCAUUGACCAAGAGCUCGGUUCGGUAG